GUAAUGGGCAUGUUUCAGAUGUCUAUAACAGUACUGGAGGUGUCAACAGCUUGCCAGGAUGCUGACGUGAUGCUGACGCAGCUCUCCCACUUGGUCGACAAGGCUCGGCUGGUGCGGCAGGUGUCAUGGUGCGUGACGGUGGUGGUGGUGAGCGACGACCUCGCCUUCCUCGCCACCUUCGCCCAGUGGUCCCUCAAGGGCCGCCUCCUGGUGUGGUCGACGAGGCUCCUGGUCCUCACCCGCCUCCCCCUCCACCACCUGCAGGUCCUUGUGAGCUCUCAUUGGACCUUCUCCAUGAUGAAUACAAUGCUGAUGAUCAUAGAGGCUUCUCCCAGCAUUAUCAGCAUGAGGUGUUCCCUGUACGUAAGUCUGCCCUAUAGUCAACACGGAUCUGAGGUAGUGAGAAUCGCGUCGUGGACUAUGCGUCAUGGACUAAUAUUACAUUCAACAUUAAGGAUGUUUCCUGAAAAGUUUGAGAACUUCCACGGGACGAGGGUGAACGUGACCGCUCUGCCCUACACACCGCACUGGGAGGAGCAGAUGGUCGUGGCUCCUGACGGCUCCACCACCAAGCAGUACUCGGGCACAGACUAUCUCUUACUAGCAACCAUAGCGGAGGCGCUCAACUUCACCAUCAACGUUCUUCCCACUGAAAACUGGGACGAGGUGGCGGCGCGUGUGGAGGAGCGGGUGUCGUUCAUGGCAACAGUAUUCCACAACGUGUUACCGCAACGCCUCGAGCGAUACGACUUCUCCUACACGUACGAGUACGGGUCCCUUGACUUUAGCGCCGCCAAGCCGGUAUUGAGGCCGCGGUGGCAGAGUCUCUACUACCCUCUGUCUGACGGGGUCUGGCUCUCUGUCCUUGCUUCCGUUCUCUUUAUGCCGCUUGUAAUGUAUCUGAUCAUCCUCGUGGGAGCUCGUAUCACUAACGGCGAGAGCGUCAACGCUUCUGCUGUCCUCCAGAUGAUCAUAUCAACGUUACUCUCGCAGGACUUCAACAGGAAGCUAGCGAACACCAGCAGUCGACGUGUGUUACUGGUGACGUGGUUGGUGUCUGCCUUCAUCCUGGGCACCGUCUACAGGGGCAACCUCACCGCUGCUCUCACCCUGCCCAAAUACCCACCCAGGGUUGAAACUGUCGAGCAACUGGUUGCGACUUUUGACAAGAUUACCAUGCCACCGUUCGGAAAUGAGUUUAUUAAGUUCUUCAAACAAUCGGAUUCUAUUCUCUACAAGUCUCUGGCUGAUCAAAUGUCGAUCGUAUCCACUGUGAUAGUUGGAUUACAGCAAGCUAAGGACAGAAAUGUUGAUAAGAGAAGAUCUCCGUUUGAGGAUCCAUCAAUAAGAAAAGUCAACCGAGAGAUACUUGCAACGGCUGUCAGACACCUCCGGCGUUUGGAGUUAGCUUCCGUCUGCAGCAACUACAGAUGA